CUCUUUUCACUGCGAAGACAUUCUUCAAACGUCGGCAGAUAGCGACUAAAUCGAUGCAUUUGACUCGGCAGAUCGGCGGGCUAAUCUAUUUUUGCAAUCCUUCGCUAACAACGGCUCAGCGAGAAACACGACACAAAUUUUAAAGUCAUUUAAAAAGGCACAAGUUAAAGACAGAAUAAUAUAUAUAGUGCAUCCAGAAUACGCUCUAAAAUCCUGACACGAAGAUCCGGCCCGACACUUUUUAAACUUACACCUUCGUAGGCGGCAAAUCUAGACAAAAUACACUUUGAAGUAUUCUGGUAAAAUUUAUUCGUGCGAGCGGAAAUUCCCUUCUCGCUUCCCAAUAAAACCAGAAUAUUAACUUCAAUUGAUAUUCAAUAGGAAUGACUUUUUAACUGAAAUAUUCCAUCAAUAUUGGAAGUGACUUGGAUCAUAGAUUGUCCGUUGCUUCCGGUCAUUAUGCCAGAUCGAAGUAUGAAUAUUUAGUUGCUCUUGAUAGGCUGCUUGUGGCACGUUUUCCGUUGAUGGCGCGCGCCUAAUCUUACAUUAACUCUCUCUUAUUCCAGCUGAUUAAAUAAAUUAGUUCCCUAGCCAAACGAAUCAUUGCCACCUCGCUGUCAAUCUAUCCCUCAAAGGACUUAAAUUCGAGCGACGUUGCCUAGAUCUGUUAGUGUUACAUGCGGUAUGAUACCUUGCGUUGGAGCGGAGCUGAGAUCGGUAAGAGGCGAGCAAGGCAGGUAGUACAGGCUUCCAUCGAUUACGGAUUACGUUUGGAAGAGAUGUUACAUCUUUCUUUUUACAUUUAAGCGACGUUACCUAGAUGUGUUAGUGUUAUAUAAGCAUUGGUAUACGUUGAUCGACAGUUAGGCGAAGGAGUGGCCGUGCGAUUGCGGAUCAAGAAAAGGUGGGCAACGUUCUAAACGACACGACAAGAAAAGAGACCACGACUGAAGUAACGAACAAUAAGACGCUUUCGAAGGUAACUAUCAAGAUGUACGAGUACCCAGAUCUUAAAGAAACUAGCCUGGAAUGCCAGAGAAAGUUCAAUGUUUGCGAAAAUUCCUCAGGUCCUUUGGUAUUUGCUAACCCCGUUGGGUGUUGGAAGGAAUGGGCAGAAUCGUGCGCACGGAAGCCUGAACCGCUUCCAGUUGGCUUACAGUUACUGGUCGUCAUCAUCAUCAUGAUCGCCAUUUAUUCCUUCAUCGCUAACACUAUUGUUUGUAUAGUUUUCUGCUUGUACGACCAGCUUCGCUUAAUCAAGCACUACUUCGUGGUGAACCUUGCAGUGGUUGAUAACAUUUUAGUAGUUGUUGCUGUUCCGAUGAUCGUGACUUACAUCUUGGGAAGGAACAAAGACGCACCCUUGUGUCAAGCGCAAAUUGUCAUCGAUAUCCUUUGCGGAACGGCAUCGAUUGUAAGCCUGGCUGUUAUCAGUAUUGAACGGUACAUUGCCGUUGUUACACCACUGCAUUACGACUCCCGCGUCACCACAUUCCGCGCAGUUUUGACCAUAAUUUUCACUUGGUUUUAUUCUAUCGUGGUGUCACUCAUUACCCUCGUCGCAUUCAAUACGCCGAACUCUCCCGCUGUUAAAAAUCCCAAACAGUGCUUGUUCUUUGGAGGAGAGUUCGUAAUUUUCAUUACAGUGUCCAGCUUUGUGUUGCCUGUUGUGAUCAUGGGUUGCGCGUACUGGAAGAUCUUCGUCGUGGCGCACGUACAAGCUAUUCGUAUCCAAGCUAUGCAAGUAUCUUCUAACCUUCAGGAACAACCGAGAGAAGGCGAACGACAAACCAAAUUCAAGGGAGAACUGAAAGCCGCUAAAACUCUCACAAUUAUCAUGGGCACGCAUAUCAUCUGUUGGUGCCCUCUUUUUAUCUAUYGUCUUGUGGUAACAUUCUGCAAGGAUUGCCGAAAGUCAAUUAACACAAUCAUCGCGCACUAUGUCAUUUUAGUUUUGCGCUAUUGUAAUACGCUCGCCAAUCCUAUAAUAUAUACAGGUAUAAACAGGCAAUUUAGAGCCGCCAUUAAGAAGUUUGUUCUAAGAAAGAGAGGCAAUGAGGAUCUAAGCGGCGCCACCGUAUAUACCCAAGCGACUUAAAUUUGAUUCAUAGCUGCAGGAAUAGACCCGUUGCGUGUGACGUCGAUCUGGGGGACAAAACAAUGGAAAAAAUUACAUGAAAUGUUUUCAAAUCUUGAGAGAAGAAAACUUAAUUAUUUCGACCCCCGGAUGGGGAAAUGAAUGCAAGGGACUAUAUACGCACGUAGAAAAGUCAAAUACUCGAUUAGACUGAAAAUAAGCGUGCUCAAUGCGUGGCGAAGCUGUGCAGACGAGACCAGUUGACGCCAACUCUGCAUGCUCACUCAACUUUCAUCCUCAAAAUUUCUUAUCCUUUCUAAUUAUUAAAUCUAACUGCCAGAUAAAAAAAAGAGAAAGAGUAAUUCUGUAAUUCUAUGAAGCGGAGAAAGGAUUUGAAAAAGUGGGGAUAAUAUCCAGGAAAAACGAGAUGCUCUUAAGGGAUUUAAGGAUAUAAUGAGUAAGAAACAAAUAAUGCAUACUUAUAAAAUCGACCUUGGACUAAAAAAUGAAUUAAGAGCUCACAGAGAAAUAGAUAUUUAAGCUAUGUGGCUAAUUCAGUUUUUAGGAAAGAGAACAGCUUGUGUUUCCGAAAUAUUUCGAACAAGAUGUUCGAGGGCUUAGUAACUUCCAUCUCAGUUACGUCGAAAAUUGAACAUUUAGCUAUGUGGUCAAAUUCACUUUUUUUUACGAAAGAGAACAGCUUGUGUUUUCGAAAUAUUUCGAACAAGAUGUUCCAGGGCUUAGUAACUUUCAUCUCAGUUACGUCGAAAAUUGAACAUUUAGCUAUGUGGUCAAAUUCACUUUUUUUUACGAAAGAGAACAGCUUGUGUUCCCAAAAUAUUUUGAACAAGAUGCUCGCUGUGUUUAAUAACUUUCAUCUUAUGUCGAAAAUUGAACAUUUAAGCUAUGGAGUCAAAUUUAAUUUCUAGGAAACAGAACCUCGUGUUUCGGAAAUAUUUCGAACGAGAUGUCGUUUUGAGCUUAGUAUCUUUCAUCUUAUGUCGAAAAUUGUGUAAGGCUUUAGCUGUGUCUGUCAUAUAUCAUCCUUUCAGUCUUGACACAUAAAAAUUGCCUACCAUAGGUUAAUUUUUCAGAGCCUAAAAUAGUUGUUUACUGAUUUUAUUCUAGAUAUACUAAUGUAUAAAUUGAAUUUGGUUUCAUCAUAAACAGAUUCCAUAAGUCGGUGUUUACCGUGCUAAAGUCGUAUCGCCCACAACCCCACAAGAGAACCAAUACUACGACUUAUGGAAUCAGCUUAGGCUUAUUACAAAAUUGAAAUGAAAUGUGCUAUUACGUAAAUAACAUGGUAGUAACAUAAAUUCAAAUAAAUAAGCAAGCAGUAUAAA